AUGGCUGGAGUCCUAAAAGGGUCGCACUUGAAUUUUAUUGAUUUAUGGGCACAAGAUGGAUCAGGCGUAGAAAUGUUUCGGCUAACAAUGUCUUAUAAACGUUUUCUAUUUUUGUUGAGAUGUCUGCGAUUUGAUAAUACGUCAGAUCGAGCGGAAAGACUAAAAAUUGAUAAUAUGGCAGCGAUAAGAUAUUUGUGUCAAAUUAUAGAGAGUAAGUUUUUAUCUGCUUAUUGCCCCGGCGAGAAUGUAACUAUCGAUGAACAGUUGGUUGGUUUUCGUGGUCGCUUUAGAGGGAAGGUUUACAUGCCUAAUAAACCAAACAAGUACGGAAUAAAAGUUCAAGCAAUGGUGGACUCGAAAACAUAUUACUUGUGCAAGUUUGAAGUUUAUUCUGGAAAACAACCAGAUGGAGAAUAUCAGAUAUCCAAUUCUCCAGAUGAGAUUGUAAAACGUCUAGUUGAACCAAUAAAACGCAGCGGUCGAAACAUAACAACUGACAAUUGGUACACAAGUACAAAACUGGCUAAGGAGUUGCUAACGCCUGAAUAUAAAUUGACUCUUGUUGGUACAUUGAAUAAAAGGAAGCCUGAUAUCCCAACUGAAUUUUUGCCAAACAAAAAUAGACCAACAUGUAGUUCAGUUUUCGGAUUUCAUAAUCAAAUGACUAUAGUCUCAUAUGUUCCUAAGCCAAGGAAAGCUGUUGUUUUACUUUCCACCAUGCACAAUGAUAACGCCAUUGACGAAACAACAGCCAGAGCUCAAAAGCCAGAAAUAAUUACUUAUUACAAUAGCACCAAAGGUGGUGUGGAUU